GCAUGGAAAGUCGGGGGCUUUCGCCCGGGUCCUCCUAGAAACUCCUCCCGGAGAAGGAUCGGGAAAGCCGCCCACCCCUCCCACCACCCCCACGUCUGGGUAUGGAGAGUGCAAUCACACUGUGGCAGUUCCUCUUGCAGUUGCUGCUUGAUCAGAAGCACGAACACUUGAUCUGCUGGACGUCGAAUGAUGGUGAGUUCAAACUCCUCAAGGCGGAGGAGGUGGCCAAGCUGUGGGGACUUCGCAAGAACAAGACGAACAUGAACUACGACAAGUUGAGCAGAGCCCUGCGGUACUACUAUGACAAGAAUAUCAUCAAGAAGGUGAUUGGGCAGAAGUUUGUGUACAAGUUCGUCUCUUUCCCGGAGAUCCUGAAGAUGGAUCCUCACACAGUGGAGACGAGCCGCGAGAGCCUGCUGCUGCAGGACAGCCACUGCAAGGGGCCCUCCGAGGGCCGGGAGAUCCACAAGCACAGCUUGUCCGCCCUCAAAAGCACCAGCCGCAACGAGUACCUCCACUCAGGCCUGUACUCCUCCUUCACCAUCAACUCCCUGCAGAACCCCCCAGAGGCCUUCAAAGCCAUCAAGACCGAGAAGCUGGAGGAGCCAUCGGAAGACAGCCCCCCUGUGGAGGAAGUCAGGACUGUGAUCAGGUUUGUGACCAACAAAGCUGACAAGCACGUCACCCGGCCAGUUGUGUCCCUGCCCUCCACGUCUGAGGCUGCAGCCGCCUCCGCCUUCCUGGCUUCCUCGGUCUCCGCCAAGAUCUCCUCUUUAAUGUUGCCAAAUGCCGCCAGCAUUUCGUCUGCAUCGCCUUCCUCAUCUCGGUCCCCAUCCCUGUCCCCCAACUCGCCCCUCCCUUCUGAACACAGAAGCCUCUUCCUAGAGGCCGCCUGCCAUGACUCGGAUCCCCUGGAGCCCUUGAACCUGUCAUCCGGCUCCAAGACCAAGUCUCCAUCCCUUCCCCCAAAGGGCAAAAAACCCAAAGGCUUGGAAAUCUCCGCACCCCCGCUGGUGCUCUCGGGCACCGACCUUGGCUCCAUCGCCCUCAACAGCCCAGCCCUGCCCUCGGGGUCCCUCACCCCAGCCUUCUUCACUGCACAGACACCAAAUGGAUUGCUUCUGACACCAAGUCCGCUGCUUUCCAGCAUACAUUUCUGGAGCAGCCUUAGUCCAGUUGCUCCGCUGAGUCCCGCCAGGCUGCAAGGGCCAAAUACGCUUUUCCAGUUCCCCACACUGCUUAAUGGCCACAUGCCGGUGCCAAUCCCCAGUUUGGACAGAGCUGCUUCCCCAGUACUGCUUUCCUCAAGCUCUCAGAAGUCCUGAUGACAUCUGGACACAACUAAGGACUCGUAAACUGAAGAAACAAAUUUGUCCCCAUGGGCUCAAUUACCUGUCGUGAAGACAUCGUGAAACCCUCUGUUAAUUUGGUUUGCACUUUUCAUCACAUGGAUAUUCUAGAAUUAUGUUCGCAUUCAAAAAAUCUGUUUAUAUAUUCAAGUAUGUAUGAAAAUCUGUUUUGCAUUAAAUGUCUCAAUGUUUUUGUUUUUAUAUCCUCUCAGCUCUUAAGUGUUGAACACUGUUGACAGUGAAGAACUUUCCUUAAUGUUUUCAAUGUAACUAAUAAGGAUGUGAAGCUUUUCUUCUCUUUAACUCUGCAUAUGCUGAACCGUGCUUAUAUACAUACUAUAACCAGCUGUGCCUUCCUUUGCAUUUAGUUUUAUGUAAAUGAUUUAUAUAUUUUUUAGUCUUAAGGAAAUGUUGAAAGACAAAAAUUAGUACCAAACAUCUCUAGUAGGAUUUUGUUACUUUUCACAAGUAGGCCAAAUAUGAAAGCAUAUUCGUAUCACUUACUUUCUCUUUUGCUUUCAAUUAUAUACGAAUUGCCUUAGAACUUCUUUUGAACUGAAACUCAGUAAAUGUAAUGUCCGAGUAAUGUUUUUUAUAAGAAAAAAAUCUAAGCCAUAUUUAGUCAAUAAACAUUCAUCAAAGAAAAUGUUCUAAAGUGCAUUUAUUUUAAUAGAGAUGAACAUUGAAAGGCUAGUCUCUUAACAGCUCUCAUCCUAAGAAAAAGUGACACGCAGAAAGCUCCAUCAACCUCACACCACCCAAAGCUGGAGAAUAUUUCCUAGUUUUGAAUAGUUCAAAACUUUAGUCCUAUUUUCCAUACUCGCACCCAUAUGUAUUUCCUGUAGGAGUUAGGGUUUUCCUAAAAUCUAGGAACUGUAAUUAACACUUGAAAAUCUAAACGUUUGGAAGAUACUCAGCCUCGACAAAUUAAUUUUGUUAACACCAGACAUCUUUUGUAACACCCUGACAUCGUUGGGCCCAUAAGCAGUUUUUUUUAAUGAAUCAGAAAAUGUCCCAUAACACAAAUACUGUAAGUCCUGCAUGAGGAAACAGAGAUGCACUGUUUUAUAUAUAUUACUAAACUUACGGUGACAAUGAAGGAAAGCUGAUAAAAAUUCUUCAGGAACUUCCUCAUUGAGGAACUGAAUUCAUUAUGUAUCAAUGGAAAGAAACACUGCAGUGAAUCCAUUUGUGGUUUAUAAUCCUAGUAACUGGUGUUUUCUGUUCUCAAAAAAAAAAAAAAAGCCAGUAGGCAUGACUCCAGAAGCAUCAAGACAAAGUGAACUACAGAGUGCUAUAACUUUAAGAUUAGGUUAAUCAUAAUUAGGUUUAUGGUGAUCUUUGUAAGUACCAGAAACCAACUUGAAAUGUUACUAAAUAAUUGGCCCAAAUAAGACAUUAAAUGGUGGGGGUUAUGAAGACAGGUAAAAUACAAAGCUUGUAAAAGCUAGUAUCUUGAACUUGGAACAACAUCUAAAAUUAUGUUUAGAUAUGAAUUGAGACUUUUAAUAGGAAUUGUAUGGGGGGGGAGGGGUAUGGGCCUUUACUGAGGGGAGAAAACAAAAACUCCAUUAAGCCUUUACCAAAUAACAGUCCUGGCUCCAAAACACCACAAAUACGUGCUCCUCUCAAUUCCUUGUAGACUAAGGAUAAUUCUGUACUAAAAUAAAAAGAGCUGGUUCAGGGAACUGUUACUGAGCACAAAUUCACAAGCCCAAAAGGGCUUCUGAAAAUGCUUUCCUCUAGCUCCCUGGUAUACCACGCAUAGGGUGAAGCUGGGAGGAGUCCAGUGCCACACAGCUCACUGUCCAAUCCUGCUUCCCCUAAUUAAGAGUGACUAUUGGUCCAAGACUGUGUGUUAGGUAAAGAAACAGGUAAAGAUGAUGUAUUGGAAACUGUUGUCAUUUAAGCACUUGUUCAAAAUGCAAGAAUCUUAUAAAAGUUAACGUGCAAGAAUUUCAAUAAAAUAUUGCCAGUACAUAGUUUAAAAUGUCAAUUGAAAAUGUUCAAAUGACUAUAAAUCUUCUUCUUUUCCUGCAAAUACUGUGAUUGUCUACUCCAUAUACAGUAUUAGACAGAAAAAUGCCACAAAAUACUGUAGGGUUCAACGUUACUACCCAACUGUAAUGUGGAGUCACAAAGAACUGCUAGCUCUGCCUCCUGUGCAUGUGUGUAUAUGUAACAAGUAUUUUAGUCAGAAAAUGUUACAAAGAACAUUAGUCCCCCUCCCACCCUUUUUUAUGUCUGCUUGUCUGUGUUAAGCUGCAAUGCCUGGGGUUUGUUCAAACUAUAUAUCCUGAAUGCUGGUCUGUGUACAGACUUUUUCUAUGACUGCAAAUCUUCAUUCUCUUUCAUACAUGUACAAUUUAUACUGUGAUAUUAUUUUUGUUUAAUAAAUACUUUGUGAUAAAAGGAAUUUA